AUGAGUGCCCCGGAGCGGGCACUUCUCCUGCUCCUACUGGGAGCGGUGGUGCUCCUCACGCACGGUGACUCCCCCCGGAGGGAGAUAAAGAUCGAUGGUGACUUGGUACUGGGGGGUUUGUUCCCCAUCCACGAGAAAGGGGCGGGCAUGGACGAAUGCGGUCGAACAAACGAAGACAGAGGCAUUCAGCGGGCGGAGGCCAUGCUCUUCGCCAUCGACCAGAUCAACCAAGACGUCACUCUGUUACCGGGCGUAUCCCUGGGCGUUCACAUCCUGGAUACCUGCUCCAGGGAUACCUACGCUCUGGAACAGGCGCUGGAGUUUGUCAGGGCUUCCCUCACCAAAGUGGACGAUACAGAGUUCCUCUGUCCCGAUGGCUCCUACGCCCUGCAGGAGGACAGCCCACUGGCCAUCGCUGGGGUGAUCGGAGGAUCCUUCAGCAGCGUCUCCAUACAGGUUGCCAACUUACUACGGCUCUUCCAGAUCCCUCAGAUAAGUUAUGCGUCUACCAGCGCCAAGCUGAGUGACAAGACGCGUUAUGAUUAUUUCGCCCGCACCGUGCCGCCGGACUCCUACCAGGCCGCGGCCAUGGCCGAGAUCCUGCGCUACUUUAACUGGACCUACGUGUCCACGGUGGCGUCCGAGGGCGAUUACGGCGAGACGGGCAUCGAGGCGUUCGAGCAGCAGGCUCGACACCGAAACAUCUGCAUCGCCACGUCGGAGAAAGUCGGCCGCUCCAACGCCAAGCGCUCCUCGUACGAAGCCGUGAUCCGCCAGCUGCUGCAGAAGCCGACGGCCCGCGUGGCCGUGCUCUUCCUCCGCAGCGACGACGCCCGGGAGCUGAUAGCGGCCGCCGCCCGACUCAACGCCUCCUUCCUCUGGGUGGCCAGCGACGGCUGGGGGGCGCAGGAGAGCAUCGUCAAGGGCAACGAGGCCACGGCCCACGGCGCCAUCACGCUGGAGCUGGCGGCGUACCCGCUGCCCGAAUUCAACCGCUACUUCAAAAGCCUCAACCCGCUGAACAACCACCGCAACCCCUGGUACCGAGACUUCUGGCAACAGAAGUUUCAGUGCUCCCUCACGGGCGGGGCCUCUAGGGAGGAGGGGGAGGGGGCGGGGGCGGCAAGGCCGUGUGAGCCGAGCUUGGCCGUGGACGAUUCGAACUUUGAGCCGGAAUCGAAGAUCAUGUUUGUGGUGAACGCGGUGUACGCCAUGGCACAUGCUUUGCACCGCAUGCAGCGAACACUGUGUGUUAACACCACCAGACUGUGUGACGCCAUGCGCAGCCUGGACGGCAAAAAACUCUACAGAGACUUCCUCCUCCAUCUCAACUUCAGAGCUCCUUUCUCUCCCCCGGGGUCAGAGAGCGUGGUGAAGUUUGACCAGAACGGAGAUGGGAUGGGGCGAUACAACAUCUUUAACUAUCAGCGAAUGCCAGGCAGUGACAGAUACGCCUACGUACAGGUCGGAGAGUGGGCGGAGUCACUGACCCUGAACGACCCUCUGAUCGGCUGGCCGCGGGGGGCGGUGCCCACGUCUCAGUGCAGCGACCCGUGCGCCCCUAACGAGAUGAAGAAGAUGCAGGCCGGGGAGCACUGCUGCUGGAUCUGUACGCCCUGCGAAUCCUACGAAUAUCUGCCCGACGAGUUCACCUGCGCCCCCUGCAGCCUGGGGCAGUGGCCACGCCCAGACUUGAGCGGCUGCUACGACCUGCCUGAGGAAUACAUUAUGUGGGAGGACGCCUGGGCCAUCGGGCCAGUCUCCAUCGCCUGCGUGGGCAUCAUCUGCACCACCCUGGUGUUCGUGGUCUUCAUCCGCUACAACGACACGCCGCUGGUGAAGGCGUCCGGGCGAGAGCUCUGCUACAUCCUCCUGCUGGGCGUCCUGAUGUCCUACGUCAUGACCUUCAUCUUCAUCGCCAAGCCCUCCCCGGCCAUCUGCACGCUGCGUCGCCUCGGGCUGGGCUCCUCCUUCGCCGUCUGUUACUCCGCCCUUCUCACCAAAACCAACCGGAUCGCUCGGAUCUUCAGCGGCGUGAAGGAGGGCGGGGCCCAGCGGCUGCGGUUCAUCAGCCCCAGCUCGCAGGUUUUCAUCUGCCUGUCGCUGAUCUCCGUCCAGCUGCUGCUCGUGUCCGUUUGGCUCCUUUUGGAGGUCCCAGGCACACGACGCUUUACCCUGCCCGAAAAACGGCAGACCGUGAUCCUCAAGUGCAACGUCCGGGACUCCAGCAUGCUCCUCUCGCUGACCUACGACGUUCUGUUGGUUGUGCUGUGCACCGUUUAUGCCUUCAAAACUCGCAAGUGCCCAGAGAACUUCAGUGAGGCCAAGUUCAUCGGCUUUACCAUGUACACAACCUGUAUCAUUUGGUUGGCGUUCCUCCCCAUCUUCUACGUCACCUCCAGCGACUACCGAGUUCAGACCACCACUAUGUGCAUCUCUGUGAGUCUGAGCGGCUUUGUAGUCUUGGGCUGUAUGUUUGCUCCGAAGGUUCACAUCAUCAUGUUCCAGCCACAGAAGAACGUCACCACUCAUCGGCACAACCUCAACCGCUUCAGUGUCAGUGGCCCCGCCACCACUUAUGCUUCCCACUCAUCAGUGAGUGCUCAUUAUGUGCCCACAGUGUGUAAUGGGAGAGAGGUUGUCGACUCCACUACUUCUUCCCUGUGA